CGUGAUUCAGAAAGCAAGACUAAGGAAAUUGACAAAUAUUCAACAACCAAUAUGUGAACAGUUAAGUAAUUACUGCGGAUUCUUAAGAAAUGUGUCUCUUGCAAAAAUAAUCAAAAUGUAAACCUAACUCGUUAUGACUGCAAGGACAGUGAAAGUACUAAAUUUACUGCAGUGAAUGUGCUUCUACCUUCGGGUGAGUAGAGCGCUGGUCCUAAACCUCGCUCGAAGGCUAUGGACUGAUGUGGCUGACUGGGCAGUGCUGGUUAAAAGACGUUGUUUGUACAGACUGAGAAGGUGUAUUUCUAGAUAUGACGAUGUUGGUCCAGAUAAUACUCCCUUAGAAGAAACAUUCUGUGACCAGUCCAAUAUUGAUGAUGGGCUUAAUGACAAGAAAUGGUAUUUAGAUGUUGACAGGAGAACAGCAGAAGAAAUGGUUUCAACAGGUGGUGAUGGUUGCUUCAUUGUGAGAAAAUCAGCCAAACAUCCUCUUACACUAACACUGUUCUAUCGAAACAGACCUUACAAUAUUCCUAUUAGGAAAAGAGAAGAUAAAAAAAUUGCACUGGGAACAAAGAAACAGAAUGAAAGAGUAUUUGAAACUGUAACAGAUCUGAUAAAUCACUAUGGAAAAGAAGAGCUGAUUCUGUUUAGUGGUGGUGAAAAAACUGGAAUCACUGCACUUAUUUCUAGUCCUUCUGAUGCUCAAAUUGAAAAAAUGUGUAAGCAAACUUUACACCAUGUAAUGGUUCAUGUUCCAAAUUGAUUUUGAAACAAAGGUUCCUUGCAUUAUACUUCACAUUCAUGUUUGAGAGACUAAUAAAAUACAAGAGGAGUGAAGUAUUUAAGUUAUUUGUGUGUAAAGAUGUUUUUUAUAUGUUUAUUAUUAAAUUACUUAAAGCUUAUGUCAAUCUGUGAUUAGAGAGAUAAUUCUGGUUUAAUUAUGUAAUGUUAUUAAUUGUAAAUAAUAAAAAGUAUUUUGUA